UGCAUCCGCAGACACCAGGGCCUGACGUCAUCGGACUGCCGCCCCUUUAUCCGGGUCUCCAGGGCCUGCUUUUCAGGUGACGCCGCCAUUCUAGGAACUUCUAUGACGUCAUCAAAUCUGGAUUUCUCGUUAUGAUGUCACAGCGCUCGCAGUUCGGCAGUGUGGUUUUCUACCCCGGCUCCUCCCUUCGCUCCCACCAGGGCUCUGGGCUUUGCGAUGAAGCGGGGGUACGAUCCUAAGCCAGCCCUCGGUGGAGCAGAACGUCCCCUGUUUCCAGCGUAUCCCAAGGGACGACCUGGACGGCUCCAACGCCACCUCCUGAGCGGCGAGUUUGACCAGCUGCGGGACUUCCCUAUCUUUGAGAGCAACUUUGUGCAGGUGACCCGGUUUGGAGAAGUUGCCAACAAGGUCACCAUGGGGGUGGCAGCCUCGAGUCCAGCCCUGGAACUCCCAGACCUCUUGCUGUUGGCUGGCCCGGCCAAGGAGAAUGGACGCCUGCAACUCCUCGGGCUGUUUCCCUUGCAGUUCGUCCAGCUGUUCGUCCACGAUGAAUGCCGCCGGCAGCUCAAGGUCAAGUUCCGCACUGGCCGUGCCUUCUACCUGCAGCUGCGGGCCCCGCCAGAGACCCGCGACCGUGAGUUCGGCCAGUGGGUGCGGCUGCUCUACCGCCUGCAUUUCCACUCGGCUGAGGGAGCCGUGCCGUUCACACAGGAGUACGCGCUGGAGGACGACGGGGAGGAGGAGGACGACGACGAUGACGACGACGACGAGGAGUCGCGGAUGGGCGGGGAGGAGCUCCAAGCCACAGAAGUCAGACUUGACCCGCAGGCCUCUGAACUCUGGGGACUGUGAUUCUGCCAACAUCCUUCGAGGUCACCAAAAGACCCCGAGAUCGAGUACUUUACCUCAGGCCAACAAAUGAAUUAUAAAGCUUAAUAAAGAUCGUCCACUUAAGAACUAA